GGUGGCUGGUGACCGGUGGCCGGUGGCCGGUGGCUUGGAAGUGACGGAUGGACGACAUUGGCGUGCGGCGUGAGCCGCCGUGUUCCUCUCUGCGGGACAUGACCACAUACUGUUGCACACACAUCUCACCACACAUACACACAUACACACAUACACGUGCGUAUACCUACGGGGUUCAUAAGGAUAUACUCGCUUGCUACAACAACGACUGCGAGUGGUGACGUCGCGCGACUGACGGCAAAGACGACGACAACGGCAGACCAAAGGCAGUCGAGGAGAUUCUGGCUGGGGCGAGGGCACGAUGGAGAACGGAAUCAGAUGGAUGGCGGUGAUGGUGAUGUUAUUGGCGAUGAUGGUGGUGUGUGUGGAACGUACCGUCGGACAGACAGACUGUGGGACGCUGACCGAGUGCGGCAGCUGCGCCGAGAACACCGGCGGCAUCGUCUGCGGUUGGUGUAACGGGACCAUGAACGCGUGCUUGCCCGUGGUGGCCGAGGGCAAUGGCUAUCGUGGCAACUGCACCACCGGUAACAACCUUAUCAUCCAGGCCCCGUUCUGUGACCCAGACUACGAGCCGGUUGACCCACCGUCAAAGUCGACCGCCGAUCAGAUCCGCGACUGGUUCGACGACAACCUGCUCUACGUCAUUGCUGGUAUCAUCAUCAUUAUCUUUCUUUGCUGCCUCUGCUGCAUCAUCAUGUGCAUCCGCUCCAGAUCGGCGGACAAGAAAAAAGAAAAGAAGCAAAACGCUGCUGUCGCCGCUGUCGCGGGCAAGGGCAAGGGCAAGGAUAAGCAGUCCAAGGAGGACAAGACCAAGGCCAAGCAAAAGGCCGCCCUGGCCGCCAUCGCAGGCACAAGCGCGGGCGCUUCGGCUGCGGGAGGCGCAGGCGCCGCAAAGGCUUCGCCAGCACCCGCAUCAGCCUCGCUCGACGACGUCAAGCUCGACGACCUCGCCGCCGAGGACAUGGUCGACGACAUGCUCGGCCAGGACGACAACAUGUUCCUUUAGGUCGACGACGAAGAUGACAUCUGCGUGUCUGUUGAUGAGACUGAGCUCGCAAAGCUGUUGUCCGUUGCAGAUGCAGACGCUGCUGCCGCCGACGCUGACCACGAGCCGACGCCCCGGCGCGUUUGCGCCGUCCGAGCCUCGACAACGUGAGCAUGCAUCGGAAUGAUCUCGAACCUUACUUGUCCAAGCUCAGCCUCCUUCGAAAGCCAGUGGCCAGCAACGCCUGCGGCCAUGACAAACUCGCCGAACGGCGCGACCCAUGUCCGUGAGUCGCGCCCAUUGAUGGCGCGGUUGACGGCAAUCGCCACCGCGAGGAUGGCUGCUCCGAGGGCAGACGUGGCAAGCGCAAGUAGCCGGACCCGAUACACCACCAUCGGUGACCUCAGCCAAUGAAGCCAUGCACAUAGCC